AAACUAUUCAUUCAAUAUACAAAAUAUGAAAAAGUAUACUGAAAAGGAGUUUGAAGAGAAAGUAGAGAUUGCAGUCGAUAAAGUACUUUAAUUUAUGUAGAAUUUAGUAUUUAAGCAAGAAAGCUCAACAAUAACAAUAAAAAGGGUACUUUCAUCAUCAUAAUGAAUGUAUCAUUGAUAAAUUGGUUGAGAAGGAGAAGUUGAUGACAAGCAUAGCUAACAUCUUUACAGAAGUGGCUAAGAUCACUUGCAAUGAAUUGGUUGAGCCCAUUAAAUAAUAGAUUGAUCAAUUAGAAUCGGAUUUGGCUAAGAUCAAAGAACUAGUCAUCAAAAGUUUUAAUCAAGUAAAUAUAACGCUUACAAUCAGUUUACUCCAGUAAUGAGGAGUGUAGGAGUACCAGAAAAAGUAAUUGAAAAUGGCAAAUAGAUAGAAACAGAAGAAAUUGAUAGAGUGAGAAAAAAAUUACAGAAUCAUGACAAUAUGAUCAGUUUAUUGAUGGAUACAUAGUAAGAUUAUAUCCAUAUCAUUUUGAGCCCAAUUGAAAUAGACAUUGUAGAUAUUUAAUACUUCUGAUGACAUUUAAGCGAGUAUAAUAAGUUAUUGAUAUUUAUUAGAAUUACUAUCGCAAUUUGAUGACAAAAUAUAUUAACUCAAAUA